AUGGCACAACCAACUCAAGUACCAAAAGUACGUUUGGGUAACUCCAAUGUCAUGGUCUCAUCAAUUGGAUUGGGAUGCAUGGGCAUGUCUGCCUUUUACGGUGAUAAGCAUGACGAUGAGAACAGUCUCAAGGUUCUAAACAGAGCUCUUGACCUCGGUUGUAACUUCUGGGAUACUGCUGAUGUCUAUGGAGCCAAUGAAGAGUUGUUGAGCAAGGUGUUGGCAACCAGAAGAAGUGAGGUAUUCCUAUGCACAAAGUUUGCUGCUUCAGUCAAGGCUGAUGGAAGUGUUGGCAUCAGUGGAAAACCAGAGUAUGUCCUUGAGGCUUGUGACAGAAGUUUGAAGCGUCUUGGUGUCAGCCAGAUUGAUCUCUACUACCAACAUAUCCCAGAUCAAACAACCCCAAUUGAAGAGACUGUCAAGGCAAUGAAGUCAUUGGUCGAUGCUGGCAAGGUUCGUUUCCUUGGACUGAGCAACUGCCCAGCUGAUUGGAUCAGGAGAGCACACAAGGUUCAUCCAAUCACUGCUAUCCAAGUUGAGUACUCACCAUGGACCCUGGACAUUGAGUCUGAUGGAGUACUCGAAACAUGCAAGGAGUUGGACAUUGCCGUUGUCUGUUACUCUCCACUCGGACGUGGAUUCCUCACUGGUGAGAUCAAGUCUCCAGAUGACUUUGCCCCAACCGACUACAGAAGAACUGUACCUCGUUUCCAGGGCGAGAACUUCAAGAAGAACUAUGAGUUGGUCACCGCCUUUGACAAGAUUGCCAAGGCCAAGGGUGUUCCAGCAUCCCAGUUGAUUCUGGCAUGGAUCCUGACCCGUGGCGGAAGUACAUCAUUCAUCCCCAUCCCAGGCACUACCAAGAUCGGCCGUCUCGAGGAGAACUUGCACAGUGCUCAGAUCCAGCUUACUCCCGAGGAGCAAAAGAGCAUCAGCCAGAUACUUGCAACCAUCCCUGUGACAGGUGCUCGUUACAACGAGAAGAUGUACAGUGAUCCCACCAAGGUU